CCUUCCCUUACCAAGAUGGCCACCGGAGCGCUUCCUCCCCGACCGCCCCCCCUUCGCUUCGCCGUGGACGUCACCGCGAGCGUCACCGCGAGCGCCACCGCCGCUUCCUGUUCCCCGUCGCGACAAGACGCAAUGGAUGUCAAUGGGUACCACCGCCACAACCACCCCCACAAAUCGCCGCCGCCGCAGCAGCAGCAGCAUCAUAAACAGCACCACCAGCAGCCGCCCGAACAAACAUCUACCUCCGCCAAAGACUACGAAGCCCUCGCGGCGAAGGUGUUCCGCGCGGCGAGCGAGGGGAAGGCCCUCACGCUCGCCGCCCUCCUGCUGGACAGGAGCGCCGACGAGGAGCGCUCCGCGCUGGGGCACAGCACCCGCCUGGGCGGCCAGAAGGCGACGCCGCUCAUCGCCGCCGCGCGCCACGGUCACGUCGGGGUGGUGCGCCUGCUGGUGGAGCACUACCGCGUGGACACCGAGCAGACGGGCACCGUGAAGUUCGACGGAUACGUGAUCGAGGGCGCCACGGCGCUGUGGUGCGCGGCGGGCGCGGGGCACUACCCAGUGGUGAACUUCCUGGUGGCCGAGGCUCAUGCCAACGUGAACCACAUAACUGUGACGAGCUCCACCCCUCUGCGCGCUGCCUGCUUCGACGGCCGCCUGGACAUCGUGCGGCUGCUGGUGGAGCACCGGGCCGACGUGUCCAUCGCCAACAAGUACGGCAACACGUGCCUGAUGAUCGCCGCCUACCGUGGCCACGCCUCGGUCGUUCGCUUUCUGCUGGGCCAAGGCGCCGACCCCAAUGUGCGGGCGCACUGUGGCGCCACGGCACUGCACUUCGCCGCCGAGGUGGGCCAUGCCGAUGUGGUGUCAGCGCUGCUGGCAGCGCGGGCCGCGAUCCUGCCCAAUGAUCAUGGCAUGACUCCACUCAAGGUGGCCGCCGAGACCUGCAAGGCAGAUGUGGUUCAACUCUUCCUAGACUCGGGUGCCUGCGACAGGGAGUCGCGCAUAGAGGCCAUGGAGCUGCUGGGCGCUUCGUUCGCCAACGACCGUGAUCACUACGACCUGGAAAAGACGUUCUACUACCUCUACCUGGCCAUGGUGGAGCGAACCAGCGAGAGGGGGGUGGCGCUGCUCAUUCCCAAGGAAUCGGUGGCUGCGCCCGUGGCGGCGUAUGGUGGGCGCAGCGAGAGCCGCACGCUGUUGGACCUGGAGAAUAUGCGGCACGAUCUCGACGCACUGCACAUGGAGGGUCUCAUCAUACGCGAGCGGAUCCUCGGGCAGGACAACGUGGACGUGUCACAGCCCAUCAUCUACCGCGGGGCCGUGUACGCCGACGGGAUGCAGUUCGACCGCUGCAUCCAGCUGUGGCUGCGUGCACUGGAGUUACGCCAGCGCAACAAUCGCUGCACGCAGAAAGACCUUCUGAGAUUUGCGCAGGUCUUCUCGCAGAUGAUCCAUCUGAACGAACCAGUGCCUCCCGAGGCAUUGGAGCGGGUGCUGGAGAGCUGCAUCGCAGAGGUGAAGCGUAGCGUGUCGGGCGUGCAGGCUGCGUGCCAACACGACAUGCACGCUUCGUGGGACAUGCACGAGGCCAACCUGCACACGGCGCUGUACCUGGUGUGCGUGGUGACACGCACGCGCACCAGCGAGGAGCAGACGCUCAGACUCAAUCGCCAGAUCUACCGGCUGCUGCGCAUGGACGCACGUACCCGGGAUGGCUCCACGCUGCUGCACCUGGCGGUGCACAGCGAGACGCCGGUCGACGACUUCCAUACGGACGCCGUAUGCUCCUUCCCAAGUGCGCCCGCCACACACCGCCUGUUGGAGUGUGGCGCAUCGCCCAACGAGGGCGACGUGCGAGGCGACACGCCCCUGCACGUCAUCGUGCGCUACACGCGCCCCAUCAGCGACUUCCUCACGCUGCAUAGCAUAAUCCUGCUGCUCGCAAAGGCUGGCGCCCACACAGACGCAGCCAACGUGUGUGGGCGCACGCCACUACAGUGCGUUAGGACGGGGGUCGCGGAGGUCAUCCUGCGCACGCAGAAUCAGCUCAGCCUCCAGUGCCUGGCGGCGAGGGUUGUGCGCCAGAACUGCAUUACGUACGUUGGGCUCAUUCCGAAAGCACUGGAGGAGUUUGUGAACCUGCACUGAUACCCAUUUUCCACUGGCAUAUCCGUGCCGAGCCAGCACAAGGCUCUCACAGUCCAGGUGGUUUUCAUCUGGCUAUUUGGCAUGCUGAGUGGGGAACCAAACCACGCUAUGCUGGCAUCAUAAGACAUCAGAAUCUGGUUUUGGGCCAAGCAGGACCAGGGUCAGGCCCAAUAAUGCAUUGAUUGCAUGUGACAGUACAUCUCACAAUGUCACCUCAUUUACAUGCAACACAGGAAGCACCGACAUUGCGUGAAAUAUCGGUGCCUUCUGAGCUGCGCCGGUUUGGAUCGGAAUGGUUUUACAGUGGAAAAAGAGGUAUUCGUGGCCCACAGUUCGACAGGUCAGCCUGGGUCAGGGUGCUGCAGAGAGCUGUGCCUUAUUCGUUGUGUGUGACUGGGAGCAGAGAUCACAUUGCACCUAAAUGAUAUCCCUUCCAACGAAAGCUGCAAAUACAUUUUACGUAGUGCAUCCUUGCAGCUAAGGAUGCACUACAUGGUUAUUGGUUGCCCCUGUGCAAUGAAUUGAAUGUGAUGUGUUAUUGUGGCACACACUAACCGAGCAUGACCUAUAUAUAUAAACCAUACUCUGGUAUAUGUAUAAUGUAUACAUAUAUCAAACCAAUAUACUUAAUUGUAAAUACAUUUUCAGUGCUGUAAUUGUUUUAGAUUAUUCCGGUAAAACUUUUAUUCCUUCGGAGUAUUUUUAUACACUUAUGAUCAUCUGGGCAGGGAUUGGUAAUUUAUAACUACUACAUGAUGGGAAUGGGAAUUUCAGAAAUCCCAAUAUGUGGUGCAUCAUCACCAGAUGGCAGCAUUCAAGCGGCCCACUCUGUUAAGUAAGAAAUUAUGAUGAAUGCCAUUAAUGUGGCAACCGAUUAUCGAUCAUCGAUCUCCCGGUCUCCAGAGCAACAACAUAAGCCAUGCCAACAGCCCUUUUCAGGGCUCUACAACGUGCCAGAUAGGCCCUGGGACAAGGAUCCUCCAACUGAACAUUGAGGGACUCUCUCUGGCGAAGUGCGAGUAUCUUACGAACAUAAUGAACACAUAACAUGCCAGUCGCGACCACAUCCAUGGAUACAACCUCAUGACGAGCCACAACCAACCUAAAUAUGGCUUGACCAUCACAGCGUUACACACCUUCCCAUCAACUGAAAAAGGAGCCAC